AGUGAUAGGUGGUGUAGCCACGUUUUCCUCACUCGUUGUACGGCAAACAGAGAUCGGAACUUGGAAAACGUCUCUGUGACGAAAUCGGAAUAUCUCACUUCUCAGAUCAGAUCUAUUCGACGUCGUUUCAGUAUUGAUGGCUCCAUUCAGCGGCGAUGAGACGGCACCGUUUUUUGGCUUCCUUGGAGCCGCAGCUGCCCUUGUCUUCUCCUGUAUGGGAGCUGCGUAUGGCACAGCAAAGAGUGGCGUAGGUGUGGCUUCGAUGGGUGUAAUGAGACCAGAGCUGGUGAUGAAGUCUAUUGUCCCUGUUGUUAUGGCUGGAGUUUUGGGUAUUUAUGGCCUUAUUAUCGCUGUUAUAAUCAGUACAGGGAUUAAUCCAAAGGCUAAAUCUUAUUACCUCUUUGAUGGUUAUGCACAUCUCUCCUCUGGCCUUGCCUGCGGGCUGGCUGGGCUUGCUGCUGGCAUGGCUAUUGGUAUUGUUGGUGAUGCUGGUGUUAGAGCCAACGCUCAGCAGCCAAAACUUUUUGUUGGAAUGAUUCUCAUCCUCAUCUUUGCCGAAGCUCUUGCCCUGUAUGGUCUCAUUGUUGGUAUUAUCCUGUCUUCUCGUGCUGGUCAGUCUAGAGCUGAUUAAGAAAGGAGCUGUGCUGCAAAAUAUUCUUUGAUCACCCUUCUUAUUAAGAGGGCGAUGGGGUAAACUUUUUAGUUAUGAGGUUAGUAAUGUUCGGAUAGCACUUGCAGAAUUUAACUAAUACUUAUUAUGUGUAAGCAAUAGCUCCAUCAGCUAUUCGGUGGUUUGUAUAAGUAGUCUUUCUUUGCUUAAUAAAGCUUCUUAAGCCUCCUCUUUUUUUCUAGUGAAAUGUAUUAUGCCAUAUGAUCUUGGUCUAUUUUUUUUUUUUUUUUAAUGCUGCUGCUGAAACUGGUGCAUGUAAUGAUUUGGUUGCCAAUGUUACUCAUAUUAUGUGCAUUA